AUUAUUAACCCUGCUUAGAAUAGGGUGCUUAAGAGGAAGAAAAUAAAAAUGAAAUAAAAGAGUGUAAUAAGAAAACAUAAAACGACAAGUUGCUUCGAAUUUCCGUAUGGUUGGUAUAGGGUUUUGAUUCCUCUGAUGUUGUCACCUCCUCCCAACUCGAACACCCCACCUCCAACUUGCUCUUCACACACUCUUCCAUUCUCCCACCAAAGCUUUUUAGGUUCAAGGAUGUUAUGCUUGCUGGAUGCAUUCUCUUCCUGAAAUGCAGUCUUUCUAGCUUGCAGGUUGUGUCUUAAUUUUGAUUCUGUUGACUGCAAGCUUUGUUAAACUGCCCCUUUGUUGGUGUUAGCUAUGCUACCCACUGGAGCGAAAGACACUCAAUUACGCGAGAGCAACAGUCAGAAGGUCCACCCUCAACCAAUGGAAGAGGCCAUGAAUCAGAAUCCAGAAGCUAUGGAAACCCUUAUCUCUAAAAUCUUUACAAAUAUCUCUUCCCUGAAGUCGGCUUAUAUCCAGCUGCAAUCCGCUCAUACCCCCUAUGACCCUGAUAAAAUCCAAAAUGCCGACAAACUUGUUAUCAGCGAGCUGAAAACUUUGUCUGAGCUCAAGCAUUUCUACAGGGAAAACAACCCAAAACCGGUGUGUGUUUCUCCCCAAGACUCCCGUUUAGCCGCAGAAAUUCAAGAACAGCAGAGCCUCCUGAAAACCUAUGAGGUCAUGGUGAAGAAAUUCCAGUCUGAAAUCCAGAAUAAAGAUUCAGAGAUCCAUCAAUUACAGCAGCAGAUUGAGGAAGCUAGCCAGAAAAGAGCCAAACUAGAGAAAAAUCUGAAGCUUAGAGGUUUGUCAACCAAGGAAUCAGAGAAUGAAAAUGGAUUUUUCCCUGUUGAUCUAACUCCAGAUCUCUUUACCUCUUCCGUGGAUGCAGCCGCGAAAGCCAUUCACGAUUUUUCUAAACCUUUGAUCAACAUGAUGAAAGCUGCUGGGUGGGACCUUGAUGCAGCUGCAAACUCAAUAGAACCUGAUGUCGUUUAUGCAAAGAGAGCUCACAAGAAAUAUGCCUUCGAGUCUUACAUAUGCCAAAGAAUGUUCAGCGGCUUUGAGCAAGAAAGCUUCUCUGUCAAUUCAGAAAAUAUUACGGUCACCAAAGAGAGCUUCUUCCACCAAUUUCUUGCUUUAAGGGAGAUGGAUCCCUUAGACAUGCUAGGACAAAAUCCAGAUUCCAUUUUUGGGAAAUUUUGCAGGAGCAAAUACCUUGUGGUGGUUCAUCCAAAGAUGGAAGCAUCAUUCUUUGGAAAUUUAGAUCAACGAAAUUACGUAAUGGGUGGAGGGCACCCAAGGACUCCAUUUUACCAAGCUUUUCUAAAAUUGGCAAAGUCAAUUUGGCUUUUGCACAGACUGGCCUAUUCUUUCGAGCCGAAUGUCAAGGUCUUUCAGGUUAAAGGUGGGAGCGAGUUCUCCGAUGUUUACAUGGAAAGCGUGGUCAAGAAUCUGAUAAUGGAAGACAACGAUGAAAAACCGAAGGUUGGUUUGAUGGUUAUGCCUGGAUUCUGGAUUGGUGGAAGCGUGAUUCAGAGCAAAGUCUAUCUAUCUGGUAUGAAAGUUGCUGAAUGAUCCUAAAUUUGGCAGGGCAAACCUUUCAGAAGAUUCAUAUGUUUCUAUGUGGUUUAUUUGGACUUCACUUUUCCUUAACCUGUAAGAUAAUGUUGUGUCUGUAACUGUUAAGAUCCCCUUUAGUUGUUGUUGAGGUUAAUUGAGUCUCGUAAUCAAGGUUGUCAAACUCUCAAGCUAAACUCGUCGUACGAGUAAGCUUUUACGAGCUUAUGAGUUUGAGUUUUUCGGUUCAAGCCUACCUAAACUUGAUGGAUUUAGAUAAACUCUCGAGUUUGAUA